UAUCAACAUUCUAGAGAUAGAAAGAGAGGACGAGAGAUGGCGAACAAUGCGAUGAGGAUACUAGAAGAGAUCAAAUCUUCCGAUCUUAUUGAGAAUCGGGUUCAACUACUCACACAGCUGGCUCAGUUAGAUACACAAGAGAAUCCUGAUGUACCGUCUUUCGUCCAGAGCCUAACAACACUCUGGGAAGACACCACGUGUCUUGACGUGUCCCAGUGUUUGUUGAACAAGGCAAUUCUGCCUGUGGCUUCAAAAUACCUGGCUUUGAAUCGGCUUGACUGUUCUCAGUACUUUCUCGCUUUUGGUAUUAAGGUAAGCCAAUGGUGUGCGAAGCAUUUAUACAUGUCUGUAAUGUCCAUGGAGGAGUCUCAGGAGGAAGAGCAUUCAAACAUUUUCUUUCAGCUUCUUUUGGAUUAUCUUCGGUUUUCUGCCUUAAGCUUUACUGCUAUUGGAAAAAUAUGUUUCACGAGUGAUGAGGCUUCAGCUGUUACAGUCCAUAAGUUUGUUUUAGAGCAGCUAAAUUUGACAAAGGAGGUGAUAUUGAAUGCCAAGAAAGUUGAAUCUUUUUCCUCGGAGAUUUUUAAGGCUGUGCAAGGGGUGAUUGACUCUAUUGUUCGUCUAUGCAAAGAUUUCUCUCCAACAGUGAAUCAGUGUGUAAAUGAAACGAAGACUAAUGGAAGUGUAGGAACAGCAAGGAUGGAAGAAGGCAACACUGCGUGUAAUUUGGUAAGCAUAAUUACGCUGGGAAUUAAAUCGCUGAGUGAACUGGGUAUGCUUGCUGCAAGAGAUGGUGGUAAUCUUGUGACAAUUCUUAAUACAUCAUGGAAGGGUGUGAUUACUUUGCUUCAGAUAGACAAGCAGGCAUUGGCAUCUACGGUAGAUGUAGGAGAAAUCAUUCUAAAGCUAUUAUCACUGAUCAAGGAGUCUCUGAGAUUUGCCGCUGAGGCUUGGUCUUGCUCAUUGAAGGAAAACAUAACUGCAGCAGAAGCCAAAAGGGUCUUUCUUCCUGUGAAGUUUUAUCUCAUCAAUGCUGUUAAAGUUGUGGCCCUGUUUCCAACCCAGGCGUCUAUGGUGUUCAAGGAUAUAGCACACUGUAUCUUGAUGAUCUCUGCGUUCAAAGUUUCGCUGAGCCAGCAAACCCAUGGCAAAUACGCAAGUGAAGUAAUGACGGAUCUUCUAGAGAAAACAACUGUAGACCUUCUAAGUGCACUGUUGAACGCAGGUGAAAUAACACAAGAAUGCAGGCUCACACUUCUUGAUUCGUUGUUCGUAGAUGAACAAUGUUUCCCAGCCCAAGUUUGUAACAAACAGAGCCAUGAUUCGCAGACAAAAUCAUCGUUGGUGGAUAUCUUGUCUUUAUCUGUUGAAUCCGCAACAAGUGCCAGAGGUUUGCUCCUGGCCCGAGUUGUAUUGUUUCAGUCUGUCAUGAGGUAUUCUUCUGAGCUUGAAGAAGACGCAAAGCUUGCAGUCACCAGAAAGCUGCAAUGGCUUCUCGACAUGUUAACAGAAGAAGAGGUUUACACUUCAGUUCUUUCUUCUCAGCUACCUAUGGCAGAUGGUUCUGGGAAGACAAUAAUCUGGGAAUCGAUGUUUUCAGCUCUGCUUCUAUCUCUCAAAACCUUUAUGAUUAUUCUGUCUACAUCUCCUGCCUGGGAAGAGCUUGAAACACUCUUACUCAAGAAUCUCUUGCAUCCCCACUUCUUGUGUUGGCAGAUAGUCAUGGAACUCUGGUGCUUCUGGGUUCGUCAUGCCACUGAGGAUAUGAGGGCCAAUAUGAUCGAUAAACUCUGUGUAUUCAUGAUUUCAAUGUCAACAUCAGACACGCCUCUUUGUCCUGAAUCCGUACUCAGAAGAACGGCAAAGUCCAUCUGCUUUCUUCUCACUCACAGCCCCAAAUCCUUAACAGCCCAAGUUUACAAAAACAUUUCAACUGAGAGCAGAUCUGAAUCGGCACCAGAUGCAUAUCUAGCCUUGCUGUUAGAGGGCUUUCCGCUGAAUUUUCUGCCAGACAGAAUGAAAAACGACGCUAAGAAACAAGUUGUCACAGACUUCUUUCACUUCAUUGAGAAUUUCAGUGUGAAACCAUCAAAUUCCUCCAGAUACUCUGUGCAAGGAGCUCCAGUUUUCGCACUAUCUGCUUGCCUUGGGAUACUAAAGACAAGCAUACCAGAGAUUGACUCCAAAACUCUGAAAUUUGCAGUCGCUCUCAUUCAAAAGCUCAGAAACUCCAAAGAUGAAACGAUAAGGGAUCGUUACACUGAGAUUCUCAGCGAAACACUAUCAAUCAUCUCAAGAAGCGAGCAGCUAUACACUUGCCAAGAGAUGGAUAAUGUCAUAACAGAGCUUCAAAGGCUUUUCAUUUCAGAAACUGGUAACAGUGAUCAUCUCCACAAAUCCAAGCCAAGCCUCGCCCUCUUCUUGUCAGGACUUAGCAAAUAUGAGAUGUCUGAAACCGAAACCUGUCCAAAGAGCCAAGCAGUCUGGGAACUCUACCAUAUGCUUCUCAAGAAACGGCACUGGGCUUUGGUACACCACGCAGUUACUGCGUUUGGGUAUUUCUGUGCACGUACAAGCUGUAGCGAGCUAUGGAGAUUCGUACCUGAUGACGCUACUCUAGCUUUCGAUAUAGCUUCUGGAAAAGAAGCAAAAACAGAGCGGUUCAUGUCAGAGUUAAAGAUGUUCUUGGAGAAAGAACAAGCGCUUCUCUCUAUCACACCUUCACAAGAGGAACUCGAGUUACUUUCGAAAGAAGGCACGAAGGUCAAAGCAACAGUGCAGAAGCUUCUAGAAGGAAGAAAGCAGCAGAGAUCAAUGGAAGUAGAGAAACAAUCAAACAAGAGAAGGAAACUUCCAGAAGGAAUAUGCAGAGGAGUGGAGUUAUUGCAGAAGGGAAUGAAGAGGAUCAACGAAGGUUUAAGUGAGAUGAGUUCAGAUGAGAGUAAGGACUUUCAAAAGAGUUUACUGAAUCAGUUUUCAUGUCUUGAAGAUUUGGUGUCUCAUUUGGUAAGCCUCGCUGCUUCCGAGUAAGAUUUAUACUUUGUUACUCCUGAAUACUGUUAGUCGAUACCUUCGAUUGUGCAUAAGGCAAAGAUGUUCAAACUAAAGCUGUGUUGAGAAAAAAACAAAUCAAAUAUUAGCAAAUGGGCUGUUAGUAUGACAAAU